AUGGAUCUUCCGAAGACAGUUGUUUCAUCAGUUUCCCAAUCAUUUAAUUCAUUGAAAGAUGGAGAAAAAGAAAACAAAAAUUCAUCAAAUGGUGACAAUGAAUUAACAAGACAAGAAGAAUCAAUUAUCAAACUAUUUUCAUCAAUCUCAGAUAAUGUUGCAUCAAAUUCUCAAAUGAUUAAUAUGAUAUUCUUUAUUAUUAUUGUUGCACUCAGUUUAGUAUGUUUCUAUAUGAUUUAUACUUAUUACAAAGUUGCAUCCAAUAAGGUAUUUUAUGAUUGCAAUCAUAUCAAUUAUCUUUAUGGAUCAAUCACAUUCCUUUACUCAAUCUGCGCAAGAUUGUGGAAAGUUGUUUUAGAUAAAGCACAUCCAUCAUUCACAGGAACUAUUGUUAACAUCACUGAUGAAGUUAUCAACAUUAGAAAUAUUAUUACGUAUCAAUCCACAUAUUUCAAUAGUUUCAAUCUUGGUACUUCAGAUGUUAAUGAAGUUCCGUUCAGUGGAAACAACCAAGCAAUUAAAGAAGCAAAUGAAUUGUUGAAAUGUGAUGAUUAUAUUACACCACCACAAACAAUUCCAGACAGUUUACAUUGUCUCUCAGCAACACAUCAAUUGUAUUAUACAACAGCUAAAUUGAAGAAAAUCACAUUGAAUAUGAUGUCUGAUCCUUCAAUUUGGCCAAGAACUCGUGGUGAUGGAAUUAAUGAUAUUUGGCAAGUUGGCCCAGUAGAAAUGUAUGAAGCAUAUUUCUAUCCAACAGGUGUUAAACUUAUUCCAUCAAUGAUUAAAAACAUUGAUAAUCAAGGCUACAAUAUCAUCAAUAUUUCAUGCAUUUUUGCAGUUUUGAUUUUGAUAUUUAUGAUAUCGAUAUUGAUCUCUACUAGAAUUGAAGAAGUUUUCAUCAAAUUUGCAUUAUCACAGUUAUUAAGAUGCCCAGCUUCAACAAUAUUGAACAACAAGAAGAUUGUUGAUUUGUUGAGUGGUGUUUAUUCAGAUGAAGACACAGAACACGCUGAGAAACACGUCAACUUCUCAAAUCAAGUUGUAAACAAACUUGAUGAUGUUGUUAUUGUAACUCAAGAUGAAACAGGAAUCAUCUUGAGUGUUAACAACUCAUUCUUUAAUAUGUUUUCAAUGAACGAAUCACAUAUCGAACAUAAGUUGAAUAUUCGUGAUUUCUUUAUUGAAAGAUUCGGAGAAGCAGAAAGCAACAAAAUCUACACACAGACAGCAACUGUUAUUUACACAAAGAAAGAUGGAUCUAAAGUCUAUUUAGAGUUUUCAUCCAAUCUUGUUUCAGGAAACAGAAUUUACUUUGCUCGUGAUCAAACACAAAAUGUUUUACACGAAAAAUUAAUUGAAGAUGAGAAGAAAAAAUCAGAUGCAAUGUUGGCAUCUAUUCUUCCACCAAUGUUAGUAUCAAGAGUUCAAUCAGGAGAAAAGAACAUUUCAUUCUCAGUUCAAUCUGUUACAGUCUUAUUCUUAGAUGUUGUCGAAUUCACACCAUGGUGUGGAUCUCAGAUGCACAAUAUGUCAUGA